GUCCGUGCCCCGCCGCCCUCUCCGCGACCCCUCGCACCCAGGGCCUCCUACUUGUAGACUUGCAAGCCUGCUAUCAACAUGUUUGGCUUCCUCUCUACCACGUUGCUCGCUCUCGCUGGCAGUGCUGCCGCUCUUCCGGCACUCAAGGGCCGGGACGCGACCGAACUCUCCGCUUCCGCCCUCGCUAGCUACGCACCUUUUACCCAAUUCGCGAGGGCAGCGUACUGCGACUCGAGCAAGAUCAUACCAUGGAAUUGUGGCGAGGCUUGCGCUGCGAACGCUGACUUCGAGCCGUCGCUUACUGGUGGAGAUGGGAACGACGUCCAGCUGUACUUCGUCGGCUACUGGCCCGACCAGAAUGCCGUCGUGGUGGCACACGAGGGCACGGACCCAACGCAGUUCCUAUCAGACUUGACGGACGUCGACAUUCCCAUGGAGAACCUCAACAGUGACCUGUUCCCUGGGGUAUCUUCGGAUGUCCAGGUCCACAGCGGCUUCGCGAACGAGCACGCGAAGACAGCCACCAUAAUCCUAGAUGAGGUUAAGAAGCAAUUGUCCUCGUCAGGUGCUUCAACCGUCAUUGCCGUCGGCCACUCUCUGGGAGGCGCCCUCUCUGAGCUCGACGCCUUGUUCUUUACGCUCAACCUGCCUUCGAGCGUCCACGUUAAGGCUGUCACCUAUGGCACACCUCGUGUCGGAAACCCUGCAUGGGCCACCCUCUUCGAUUCCAAAGUCUCUGACUUUGUCCGGAUCGACAACGAGAAGGAUCCUGUUCCUAUCGUCCCCGGUCGCUUCCUUGGCUUCCAACAUCCACAUGGCGAGAUUCACAUCGUCAGCCCCGGCGAGGCCUAUUCAUGCCCCGGAGAUGACGAUGCUACGGAUCCUCAGUGCACUAUUUCCCAGGUUCCGAACAUUGCAGAAAGCAAUAUCCUUGAUCAUCUUGGUCCUUACGAGGGCAUCUACAUCGGCACGCUUUUCUGCACAUGAAAAUACACACCGCUCGACGAGAAGGUGUAUCACAUGUUGUACUGUUCAGAUGAA